AUGCGUUCCCUCGUCGUGCUCUUCGCCGUCGCCGUCGCCGUCUGCUUCGCCCAGGACAACUGUUAUAUCAAUGACAGCGGUGAGUGGCGUCGAGAUCGGACGGGCUGGCGAAUUACAAUUAGCUGCUUGUGUUGCUAUCACAUCCAAUCGCAUUAAAUGGAAUGGCGCUAGCAAGCGGUUGCCGCGCGGAAUACGCAAUCCGCGCCGAUUGAUUUAGUGUGGGAGAGGAAUGCAAAGAAUUGAAUUACAGGCUUCACCUGCUGCAACAAGGAGCUCGAGUCGGCCAUGAAGGGAGCGAUGGGCGGAGGUGACCUGCUCGGAUCGGCCGACUCGAUUCAGAAGAGCGCCGAGGGAACUCUGGGAGGAAAGUUCGAGACUGUCGUCGCUCUCGACGACUUCGCCUACAAGUCCCAUUUCAAGGAGGGAAAAUCGUGCAAGAUCGAGAAGAACGGACAGUACGCGCUCUCGUGGCAGCCAUAA